AUGUACACAAAGAAACGGCCACAUGGAAUAAAAUAAAAUAAUAAGACCACUCACAUAGAGUCAUAGCUCAAGUGAAGUUUGGAUCUUUUGAGGUUUCAACCACGUUGUAGUGAAACAUGGGAGACUCAGCUUGUCUCAUGCAACCAUUCUGCUAUGCUUCCGGCAUUACCAAUGAAGCCAACGAGAAUAACUCAAUCCAUGCACUUGGGCAGUCAAUCUCGUUUGGGAGGUUCAUGUCAGAAUCACUGGCAUGGGAGAAGUGGUCUAGUUUCUCCCACAACCGCUACGUUGAAGAGGCAGAGAGGUAUUCAAGACCUGGUUCAGUUGCACAGAAAAAAGCAUUCUUUGAAGCUCACUACAAGAAACUUGCAGCUCAGAAAGCAGCUGCUAUGCUUGAACAAGCAAACAAUGCUGAAGCACAAAACAAUGCCACAGAACAAGAAGAUGCUUCAGUGAUUGAUGAUGAAGGGGUUGUCAAGGGAGAACAAGAUGCAAAAGUUUUGAGUUUGAUCUCUGAGUCAGAUCCUCCCAUUGUCAGAGCUAUUGGCCAUGAUUCAGAUUCAAAUGCAGAGGCAAGUAUCAUAUCUGAAAGUAACAUGGUAGAGGAAGCUGAACCAGAUAUGGAACAAGCAGUUGUUGCAGGAAAUUCAAUAAAGGUUGAAUUGAAAAAUCAGCUUGAUGAAGUUGAUGCCCAUAAAGAGCAGAGUGAAAAGCUUAGUGUCACACCUCUGAUUAUGACACCAACAGUGAAGCAGGUCCUUGACCCCAAAUCUGAUCAGGAAGUUUUGGCAUGGACUGGCAAGAAGAAACCACCAGUUUCUCUCUCUGAGUUAUUAAAAGCUAAUGCAACUUCCAGGUUCACUUCAACACCUGUUAAAUCCACUGCUCCUAAUGGAACCACCAAGUUCAUCUCCACACCUGUUAAACCCAUUGCUCCUAUUUCGUCCAAAAGAGAUAAUAUUGCUACCCCAAUGAGCAACAAGCUUCCCACAUUAAGCAGCAACAACAACAAAAGUCGAAUCCCACUAACUGAGGUCGACUAUAUGGAUCACACUACGCCAUUGAGCCGUAUCCCUGCUGCAUUAAACACUACAGAUAAAAAGAGAUCAACUCCUAAGUCGCUUCAAAUGUCAGCUAAUUUUACACCCAUUAGAGAACUAAACAGAUUGACAGCAUCAGUUAUGAGGAAAUUUGAAAGUACAAGAGCUGGUGCUGGCUCUUCCAAGGCUUCAAAUGAUAGCUUGAUGACUCCUCUAAGAACCCCAACUAUGGUUUCCAAGGAGAUGCAAAAGCAUUCUUCAUUGACUCCACUAACUGAAAAGAAAAGGAACAAAACACCUAUUGAUCCAUCAACCGCAGGCAACCGUACAUCUGGCCCUAAGUGGCGCUUGCUUUAUGGAGAGAACAAAAUGAGAUCCCCGGUUAUAACAUCUCCUUUCAACUUGAAGACAGAAGAAAGGGCUGCAAGAAGAAAGAAGAAACUUGAAGAAAAGUUCAAUGCUAAUGAACCACAAAAGGUGCAGUUGCAUACGAAACUCAAGGAAAAAGCAGGGACAGAGAUUAGAAAACUAAGCCAAAGCUUUUGCUUUAAAGCCAGGCCACUACCUGAUUUUUACAAGGAAAGGCCAGCAUCAAUAAAUGAGACAAGAAAGAACCCAUGGCCACAUUCUGAAUCACCUAAAGAAGGAAGAAAACCCAUUCCUUGUAUGGCAGAAGGAAAAAACUUCUUUACCUCCAAACAGACCUUCACUGAAAAACAAUAACACCAAGAAUUUCCAGGGAAAGAGUGGUCGCGCCUUGACUCAUCAUCCACUAAUAUCAAACUCCAUGAUGAGUAUUCCAACUCAUGAGAAUACAUCACCAAAUAUUCAGCAUGGAAAUCAGAAUGACAGAAAUUACAGAUAAUGACCAUGUUGAACGAAUGAAGUGUGUGAUCAUGGUAAACUUGUAAAUGUAGCUUCACAAAAAUGAGGCUGUAACCACAUUAAUUAGGAACUAAAGAUUGUUUAUUGUAUUCCGGGUACAUAGCAACAUUAGCAGCCUUCUAACCCUUUUCUAUUUCCAUCCUCAUCAUCCACCUUAUUAUUUUCCAAUACAUUCAAAUGUCACUCCCAGUUUAUGUAA